AUGACAGUAUCCGCUGGGGCAGCUGACUCGAACAGCAAUGUAGCCGGCAACGAAUCCUCAUCCAUUUUGUUGGGCAUCGUAGAAGAAAUUAUCUAUAGCCCCUUAAAUUUAGCACUUGUAGCAGUCAUAGUAUUUCUUUUUUACAAAAUUGUAAAGGAUCGUUAUGAAGUACCCAGGGACAGAUCCGGUGAAGGUACUUCGCAAAUACCUGAGCUUCCUAAAUUGCGACGAGAUUUUACCAUACAAGAGUUGCGUGCAUAUGAUGGAAAUGGACCGGAUGGCAGAAUACUUAUAGCAGUAAAUGGAACUGUAUAUGACGCCACAAAAGCAAAACGUUUUUACGGUCCAGGCGGACCAUAUGCGUCAUUUGCUGGCAGGGACGCAUCACGCAAUUUGGCAACCUUUAACGUCGAACCAAACAAUAAAGAAGAAUAUGAUGAUCUAAGUGACUUAAAUGCUAUGGAAAUGGAUUCUGUGCGAGAAUGGGAGAUGCAAUUCAAAGAAAAAUACGAUCUGGUGGGCAAAUUACUACGUAAAGGUGAGCAACCUACUAAUUAUGACGACGAGGAAGAAGACUCCAAUGAAGUUGUCACAGAAGUCAACGCGAAUUCCUCUGUUCCCACCACAAAUGCAAGCAACAAUGAUGACGGUGUUCGGAAGCGUGUCGCUAACUCAACCGAUGAGGAAGUUAAAUAAAUAGUAGUUAUCUUUCGAAUAUUUGUUUUGAGAUCACAAUUGAUAGAUUUACAAAAAUUUUAGUUUACAAAAAAAUAUUUAAUUAAAACUUUGAAAACCCUCUGCUGAACAUUUUUACGAUGCUUAUCAGUUGAUAAAUGAAAGAUAAAAAAAUGGCAAAUAUUUAAGCAAUUGCAAUUCUCAUUUGAUUUUAUGCACAGCCUAGAUGAAAUUACGCAAA